AUGAUCUCUGGUGGCUCAGACGCAACUAUCAAACUCUGGGAUCUUGAGAAGUGCCCGAGCCCCUCACAACCCCACACCUACCGACCCGUGGCCACGGUUUCCCGUGCCAGCCCCGAGUCUUCCGACCAGCGCACUCCGGUCUCUGCCCCGGCACACCGAUUCGGCAUCACUCACGUCUCUUUCUACCCUUUUGAUAGCGCCGCCUUCUUAUCAUGCUCUCAUGACCAAACUCUGAAGCUGUGGUCCACCGAGAGAGUAUCUGUGUCCGGCUCCUUCGCCCUCGGCGCCAGAGUCUACACCCAUGCCAUCUCCCUGAUCGCCUCCCAUCUCCUCGUCGCAUGCGGGACGCAGCACCCCGCUGUCCGUCUCGUGGACCUACGCUCUUCUGCAGCGGUGCAGUCAUUGGUGUCACCGGGCCAAGUUGGCGGCUCGGCCGGGGCAGCUCUGGCAGUCGCUUGGUCCCCCGUCCACGAACAUGUUCUGGCUACCGGCUCGGUAGACGGAGCAGUGCGCAUAUGGGAUGUGAGAAAGUCCAACGGCCUGGUCGCGCUUCUUGACCAGGAGGACAUCAUUGGCCUAGCCGACGGGGGGCCAUCGUUGCAAGGACACGCGCCUCGUUUGACAGCGAAAGCACACACUGGCCCCGUUAACGGCCUCACUUGGACCGAUGACGGCGCCUACCUCAUCACUGCGGGGCAUGACCGCCGUAUCCGUGUCUGGGAUGCGGCGACGGGUGCAAACACGCUGGCUAACUUUGGCCCGAGCAUCCGCAACAGUCAGGUGGGCACAAUAACCAUGUUUGUCUCGCCCAUCGGUCUCACGCCGCCGAUGAGUGAGCUGCUUUUCUUCCCGAACGAGUCGGAAAUUCUGAUCAUGGACCUACAUGAAGGAUCUAUCGUCACGAGGCUACGUAAUACGGGCCCGGUUGUUGCCUCGGUCGGGACGCAGCGAGGGGGCGAGAAGAGCAUCCGGAAUCGGGUAACUAGUAUCGUGUGGAGAGGAGCCGGUGGAGGCGGCAGCUCAAGCGGUGUGGUUAUGGGCGGAAGCAACACCGCUGGCGGCAUAUUUAGUGGCCAUCUGGACGGUCAAAUCCGGGCCUGGCUCCCACAACUUGAGGGCGCAGAUGAUGAAUUGGAAGUUAGGAGCGCAAAGGAGGGUGACGAAGUCAAGACGAAGAAGAGAAAGGCCCUUGAUGAUGCUUACCGAAGCUUGAUGGGGAAGCAAGUCACUUACUCCUGA